AUGGAGGCUGUCGCCCUGGUCACGGCAAUAUGUUCACUGCUCACCACCAGGCCAGAGAAGGUCGAAGCGACGGCACCAUGCAGACGUGCGGGGCAUUUGGGAACCGCCUUCCUGUAUCCAGGGGCGCCCAGGGCACCGCAGGGAGUCACUCUGGAGAGGCGCCUCCCUAACACCUGGAGCGCCAACCGUGGCAAUCGCAACCAACCACUAUAUGGCGUGCCCCGUAUGUUCUACUGGCUGCUGGACAACUUCGGCGGGUUCAAGACGGCGCUGGAACGAGCGCUGGAGAAACAGCCGGUUGACCACUUAUAUAUCGACAUGAAUGCGAUCAUACACGUUGCCACCCAUGGCAACGUCUCCCCGCUGGUGCAGAUGGAGAACGAGCAGCGGCUGCGGCGCAUCACGUCGGCCAUCGAGAUGCUGUUCAACGUGGUGCAGCCGCGGAAGAUGCUCUACAUGGCCGUGGACGGGGUGUGCCCCACGGCCAAAAUUAACCAGCAGCGCGGCAGGCGUUUCAGGACCUCGAAGAGCAUCGACCAGCUGGUGAGCGUGGCGUCGCUAGAUCCACAUGGCGUGCAGACGGAAAUAUGCAGCGCCGUCAGCAGCAAGGAUGGAGAAAAAUACGUCGCACAGCGGUUGCCGUUUGAUGCCUACGACAACGUCACGUUCAACCCCAACUACAUAUCGCCAGGAACCGACUUCAUGCAGAUCGUUGACAGCGAGGUUGCCAACUGGCUCGCGCUCAAGACCGUAGAGGGGCUGUUCGGCAAGUGCCUCGUGGUGUACAGCGGCGUGUCGGUGCCCGGAGAGGGCGAGCACAAGAUAUUCCAGUGCAUACGCAAGAUGAACAAGGCCAGCAGGCAUGCGCGCAAGGAGACGCACCUGGUCUACGGCCUCGACGCCGACCUCAUGAUGCUCUCGAUGGCGCUGAAGAUCCCCAAUAUCAAGGUGCUCAGGGAGGAGGGCAAGUACGCGCCACACGUCGUUGCGAAGAAAAAGGGCGAGCCCUUCUUCGCCACCGACACGGGCAUAGUGCACCUGCACAAGUGGGACUUCAUAGACCUCAAGCAGGCCAACUUCGAGGUCGUGUCGAUCAGGACGCUCCGGAAGCGGAUGUACGAACGGUGCCUGCGGCACCUGAUAAAGAAGUUCCGCGCGUCGAACUUUGCCUUCCUCAACCGACCUGAGGCGCCGUACCGGAUCACGGACGACUUCGUCCUCCUGUCGUUCCUAGCAGGCAACGACUUCCUGCCGAGACUGCCCACGGUCGACUUCGCCAACGACAGCUUCUCCGAGAUGAUCGAGACGUACUACUCCCUGCUGCAGCGCUGGAAGGGCUUCCUCACCGACGGGCUGAAAAUUCACGUGCCCCGGCUGCAGUCGCUCUUCAAGGCGCUGACGAAGAACGAGCAGCGCUGGUUCAAGGAGAAGGCGCUCAUCGAGGAGGUGGAGCAAUACAGCAACCCCAAGCUGUACGCCGACUACUACCACCGAGAAAAGUGCCAGGUCGACGGCAAGGCGGAGAUAAGGCGAAUGUGCGUCGAUUACCUCAAGGGGCUGUUUUGGAUCCUGAGCUACUACCACCACGACUGCCCGAGCUGGGAUUGGAGCUACAGGUACCACUACUCUCCGCUGGUGUCAGACCUCGCUGACGUGACGAAGGUCGACGUCACGUUCAACAAGGGAGGGCCCAUCACGCCGCUCGAGCACCUCCUCGCUAUAUCGCCGCCCAACGGGAACGAGCUGCUCCCGCCGUCGUACAGAAAACUCGCCAAAGAAGACGGCGAGCUGCGGCAGUACUUCCCCACGGAGUUCGACAUCAACGAGGACGGCAGGACGAACGAGUGGGAGCAUGUGGUCAAGCUGCCCUUCGUCAACACGCAUAAGCUGGUGAAGGCCGCGCAAAAGGUCAACCCGGGGCUCAAGUACAGCUCGCUAUACAAGAACAAGAAGGGCCACAUCUACGUCUACCAGCAGCCGAGGGAGCCCGACCCCCCAACCGCCGAUGAGGCCGACUCGGGGAAAGCACGCACAUGA